GUAAACGACUGGUCAGUGAGAAUAGGACAAAACAAAUAUUAUAUAGUGUUCAGAUUAUAAAUCAAGAAAUGGAUUUCUUUGACGGACCUUAUUUUCAGAUCAAUAAAUUUUUUCUCUAUGUCAUUGGACAGUGGCCGUAUCUUUCAUUAUCACGAAAACGUUGCACACAAUUCCUUGUCACUAUUGCAUUAUUCUCAUGUUUAUUACCUUCAUUAAAGAUUCUUCUUGAAAGAAUAAAAAGUGAUUGGCAAGUUUGGUCAUUUGGUGAUGAAAACGCUAUUCUUACGAGUCAUGCAGAGCAUGGAAGAAGUUAUACAAUACUUUAUGCUGGAUGCGUGACAGGAACGACGAUAACUUACGCUGCAAUGACAUUGACACCACAAAUUUUAAAUAUUAUCUUACCACUGAAUCAAACUCGACCAAGAAAAUUGCCAUUUCCAUUAGAGUAUUUUGUCGAUAAAAAUGAAUAUUUUUAUUGGAUUGAACUUCAUGUUUUUAUAACUGCAACCAUUGAAAUGUUCGUUCUCAUUGCAUCCGAAUCAAUAUUUGCCGUUUUCACCGAACACGCCUGUGGAUUAUUUAAAAUAGUUGGGUAUCGUCUAAAAACUAUAAAAAAUGUUUAUAAUUCUAAAACGAAUUCUAAAGAAGAUGCAGAAGAGGCAACUUAUAAAAUAAUAACACUUUGUAUUGAACAACAUAAUCGAGCUAUUGAAUUUUGCGAUACAAUCGAAUCUUGUUUUUCAAUUUGUUUUUUCUUUACAAUGGGACUAAACUCUGUUAUUAUCAGUGCCACUUUAUUACAAGUUGUUGUCAAUAUGAAUAAAUUAAAUGAUGCUGUAAAAUUUGCAACAUUUUCUAUUGCCCUAAUUAUUCAUCUCUAUUUCAAUAGUUUACCAGCACAACGUCUAAUGGAUAAUAGUGUUUUUCUAGCCGAUCUCAUGUACGAUGGAUUUUGGUAUCAGUUGCCAUUGAAACCGAAAAAAUUGUUGUCAAUGAUAUUUAUAAGAACUACCGCUCCGUGUACAUUAACUGCCGGCAAUAUUUGCGUUAUGUCACUGAAAACUUUUUGUAAGAUUCUUCAAACCCGUAUUGUGAAUAUCUACCAAAGGAUAUCUGGUUUUUUAAAAGUAUGGGGCGAUUCGGAUAAAAUGAUAGAAUGCCUUCCAACAAUAUUUACAGGAAUUGGUUGUUUGGUUUAUUGUAUUAUUUAUUUGUCGAAACAAAAAAAGCUAAGUCAACUUUUUUACGAAAUUAAACGUGAUUGGGAAUUUUGGACUUCUGAUCGUGAGCGAUUAAUUAUUUUGAGUCACGCAAGUCAUGGAAGGAUUUAUACUAUUUUUUAUACGGGAUGCAUAUCGGGAACUUUAUUGACUUAUUUAAUAAUGGCAGUGAUACCACAAUUUCUCGAUAUUGUUUUACCUCUAAAUGAAACGCGUCCGAAAAAAUUGCCAUUUCAAAUGUAUUAUUUUGUAAAUUAUUCCGAGGAUUAUUUUUAUUGGAUUAUGCUUCAUAUUUCAUUUAAUGCUGUAUUGGAAAUGUGUAUUCUCAUUGGUUCUGAAUCGAUUUUGGCAGUAUUUACCGAACAUGCUUGUGCACUAUUUAAAAUAAUUGGUGUGCAAUUAAAAAAAAUUAAUAACCAUGAGAGUGAGAGGAAAAAUUUGAGGACAGUGAUUUUUUGCAUUGAACAACAUAAUCGAGCUAUUGAAUUUUGCAGUAUCAUCGAAUCUCUUUUCAGUCCUUGCUUCUUUUUCAUAAUGGGAUUGAAUACAAUUUUAAUUUCUGCUUCUUUAAUUCAGGUUGUUGUAAAUCUCAAUAAAUUUGAUAUUGCCGUAAGAUUUGGAGCAUUUACUGGUGCUUCCAUUGCUCAUUUAUUUUUGAACAGUCUCCCCGCACAAAGAUUAAUGGAUUCUAGUGCUGGUCUCGUAAAUAAUUUAUACGAUAGCUCAUGGCAUCAAAUGCCAGUGAAAUUAAGAAAACUUUUAUUACUAAUUAUGAUGAGAAGCCGAAAUCCCUGUAAAUUAACUGCUGGCAAAAUGUUAGAUUUAUCACUGAGAAGUGUUUGUUCGGUGAGAAUAUAA